AGAGAUUCCUUUAUUUUUACUUCCAUUUGCCCUUUUCGGGAAAAUCUGAGACUAAGAGGAUAAGUUCUUCAAAGGGCCGAAGAAAGAACUGUAGUCGUUCUGCGUCCGGCUUCUUCCUUCAAGAAAUGAGAGCUCUUGGAUUGCCGUCUCCAAAUAUACUCAAUGGGUUUCAUGGUUCUCAAAGUAAAGAUCAAAGUAGGAUUUUAGUGGGAUCACGACGAUAUAUCGAUCUUUUGAAACCACCUUCCCUGAAACUCAAUCACUGUUGCAGAAACCAUCAUCAUCAGUUCAGCAUUCGAAUGCAAGCAAAUGGGGAAGAUGACCCAGCAAGGCAGAUGAAGGAGAUGGCUGCAGCCAGGAAAAGAUGGGAAGCACUGAUUAGGGAAGAAAAAGUGAAGGUCCUGGCACCAAGGGAGGCUGGGUAUGCAAUUCAACUCUCUAACAAAACCCUGCUUGACGUUCGUCCCUCUAUGGAGCAUAAAAAGGCAUGGGUUAACGGCUCUACCUGGAUUCCUAUCUUCGAUGUUGAUAACACAUUUGAUGUUGGGACACUUUCCAGAAAGAUUACAAAUUUCAUGAUGGGAGGUUGGUGGAGUGGUGUACCAACAUUGUCGUAUGAUAAGUACGUAAGAAGAUACAUUAUUUCAUCCAGACAAUUCAUCUCGAAGGUCAAUGAGCAGUUUCAAAAAGAUACUGACCUUAUUGUUGCAUGCCAGAAGGGAUUGAGGUCUCUUGCUGCAUGUGAGCAAUUGUACAAUGCAGGCUAUCGAAACCUUUUUUGGGUUCAAGGUGGUUUAGAGGCUGCUGAAGAAGAAGAUCUAGAGAGGGAAGGUCCGCAGCCUUUCAAGUUUGCUGGGAUUGGUGGGGUUUCUGAGUUCCUAGGUUGGACCGAUCAACAACGAGCUGCUGCUGCCAAGGAAAACUGGACUUAUCGAUUAGUUUUCUCUGCACGUCUAGUCGGACUUUUUAUCUUAGCAGAUGCCCUGUUUAUUGGGGCUCAGCAAGUCGGUCACUAUCUUCACGACUUGAGGUCUUAGUGAGACAUUGAAGCUCAAGGUUGGAACUAUCUUAAUCAAAGCACUUGACUUCUAAGAGGUGAUUGUUUCCUAGUUUUGAAUCACUUGAUGGCCACCAGAUAUUCUUUUGAAAUGCAAUUCGUGAGUCUGAGGAUCAUACAUCUCUUGUGCUUCUGUUUUUAAAGUACGACUUCCCUGCCCCUGAAUUGAUCUUCAAGUUUUUCACCUCAUUAUGUGUAAUAGCAGAUUUUUUUCAACUAUAUUUAGUUCAGCUGUGCUAUCUUUUUGCAA